AUGCGCCUCCUGGCCACGGCGCUGGCCGCCCUGCUGGCCACAGCCCCGGCCCCAGAUGUUUGUGAGGCUUUAAACGUGACAGUCUCUCCGGGACCAACAGUGCGAUACUCUGAGGGAGAUAAUGCUACCCUUUACUGCCACAUUUCUCAAAAGAGAAAGACAGACAAUUUGCUGGCUGUGCGGUGGGUCUUUGCUGCAUCACCUACCCAGGAGUAUCUGAUGAUCAAAAUGACGAAGUUUGGGUCUGUCCAGUAUUAUGGAAAUUAUACUCAUCAUUUCCACAAGCAAAGACUUCAUCUUCUUAAAGAGAAACAUGGAACUAUGUACAAAUUCAUUAUUCUAAGCCUCCAGCAAACAGAUCAAGGACAUUAUAUAUGCAAAGUCCAGGAAAUUGGCAAACAUAGGAAUAAGUGGACAGCAUGGUCAAAUGGCACAGCAGCUACUGAAGUAAGAGUGAUUUCAUCAAAAUCUUCUGAUGAUCCCACUUUCAAGAAAAACCAUGAAGCUUGGAAGUUUUUUGAAGAUCUGUACGUGUAUGCAGUCUUUGUGUGUUCAAUAGGAAUUAUCAGCGUCCUCCUUUUUACACUUGUCAUUCUCUGUCAGUCACUCCUGAACAAGAGAAGAUCCACAGUGAAGCAUUACCUGGUGAAAUGCCCCCAGAACAGCUCCGGGGAGACGGUUACCAGCGUGACAAGCAUGUCCCCUCUACAGCCCAAGAAGGUAAAGAAAAAGAAAGAGAAAGAGAAAGUGGAGCAGCCACCAGCCAUCCCAGCAAAAGCUCCAAUAGCCACUAAUUUUCCUAAGCCCAAGCUCUUGAAACCUCAAAGAAAAUUGAUCCUGCCGAAAAUCGCAGAGGAAAAUUUAACAUACGCUGAACUUGAACUUAUGAAGCCGAUUCAGGAAGCCAAAGGCAUUCCCAGUACGACAGUCUACGCACAGAUACUCUUUGAGGAGAACAAGCUGUAAUAGUUCAUGCCUGUAUAAAUGUCCUUUGUCUGUGUUCUAUUUAAUUCUUGCUGUGCUGUUUAUUUAUAAAAAUCAUACAAAUGUCCUUAUUUUUUUAUUUCCAUUCAUGCACUUCUAUUUUCCUAUGAGACCUUUAAACAAAAUGUAGUUGAAAGUAAUCAUAGAAAAAGCAGAGACACCCUUUGUAGUGUUCAGCCCCCCUGUUGUAAAUGGACUGAAGUUCCUCCUGGGGC